GUCCUGCCUCUGUGACGUAUUGUCAACAUGUCUGCAGCUCAGUUAAGGCUCCUGGUACCAAACGCAGCUUUCAGCUGUCUGUCAGUUAGGUAUUAAAAGGACCUAACUACACAGCAGGAAGUGGGUGAAGAGUUCAAGAGUUUAAGAGUUGAAGAGUGCAGAGUGUGAGUGUCCAGGCAGAAAACAGCUUGAACAGAGAGGAUCAGAGAGGAGAUGUAUAGAAGCUAAAAGCAUAGGAUCAAAACGAAGGCAGACAAGAGACUGGAGUAAAAUAAAGAGGAGCUUUGCUCAGCGAAGAAGACUGCUGGAACAGAGGUUGGAGAAGGCAAAGUUGAUCAGAAAGAGAAGACUAAAGAAAAACACCACCAUGUCAUACCGACUGUUUGAGGGGAAGGAUCAUGCCUCCAUCUACCAGAAGUAUCGCUUUACGCCUCCAGAUGAGCUCAAGAAUAUUAUUCUUCAAUACCUAGAUAAAAAGAAGGGACAGCCACACGUGCUGGCAGUGGAUCUGGGAUGUGGAACAGGUCAGAAUUCUCGGCUGUUGGCACCGCACUUCAGAGAAGUGGUGGGUAUCGACAUCAGUGAGUGUCAGCUGGAGGAGGCCAGAGCUGUGCCGGGGUACCCCAACAUCACAUACAGGAAGGGGACAGCAGAGGAGCUUCCGUUUGCAGACGGCUCCGUAGACUUGCUGACAGCAGCGUCAGCAGCCCACUGGUUUGAGCCGUCGAGGUUCCUGGCUGAGGCAAUCCGGGUUCUGAAGCCCCGGGGCUGCAUUGCUCUGCUGGGCUUCACUGAUGCUACCACCAGAUUUCACUACCAGGACUGUGGAGACCGACUCAACCAAAUCUACGAAGAGGUGAAGCAGGUGCUGAAGCCAUACACUAGCAACCCGGUAGCUCUAUCUGAGGGUAAGCUGGAGAAGCUGUACUCUGCCAUCCCUUUUCCAGACAAAGAAAGGAUCAAGAGCAUUCAAACAAAGUCUUUCAUCCCGUUGAGGAACCUGGUGGGAUUUAUUGAGACUUGGUCCAUGUUCCAAGCUUACAGGAGGAAAGACCCACAGACUGCUAAUGACCUGCUGCUUAACACUCAGAAGAGGUUUCUGGAGGAGAUGGGUGUCACGUCUCCCGACACUGAAAUAAGGUUGGAAAUGGAAUAUUUCUGUGUCCUGGCGUCAAAACCAGAAUAAUCAACACUAUAGCACUGGAUGUAUGAUUUGAGAGACGUUCGUCCGUGUGUGCAUAAGAUCAUAGAUGUUGCAAUUUACAAUUUAUGAACUGAAACAUUAGGUUUUUGAUGCAUUAAGGAGUGUACUUGUUGAGUGUGGGCAUUCCUUAUUUUUCUUAUGUAAUGAGACAAAUUCUGUGACAAAAGGCUUACAGCCCAAUCCUAAUCCAUAACACACUGCCUGUUGUCACUGGAAAGUAUUUUUAAACCAGUUUACAGUGGAUCUACCUAUAUGUUUAGAUAUCUGUCAAUAGAGCAUCUAUUAAUGACUUUAUAUCCUACCAAUAAUGUAUUUUUGCAAGUUUUCUUAGACAUAGAAUAUGUGUUAUUUUGCCAAGAAACUACUUCUCAAAACAUUUCCCAGUACCACAGCUGAUCCCCUGCAGGUUUAAAUGCACACUGAGAGAUUACAUAAUUCAGAAAUAUAAAUCCUUUUGAAAUUUAACAAGCCUUCCACUGUUGUUGCACAGAAGGGGUCAGGUUUUUUUAGCCAAGCUCUUAAAAACACGACAUGGUUGGUGGUCCAUUUAUUUGUUAUAACUGCUUCAGUGUGGCUCCUUCAUUCAGUCCUAUUUCUCAUUCGUUUGAAAACAGCCUGGCACAAUGCUGAAGUGCCUCAUGCUUGUGAUAGAGCUUUAAAUAAGAAAAUGAAUAAUAAACUUUUUCCAUGCCACAUUUACAGUAUCUGACAAAUGAUGGCCAUGUGAAAUACAAUGCAUUGUUACACAUGAAGAUAAACCACUUAGCAGUAUGUAAAAAAUAAAACCUGUUAUACAUUAUGAAUCUUUUUACCUUUAUACAUUUUGCCGAUAAUACUGUAUAUAUGUUAUGUACUAUUACAAAAUAAUAUAUACUUGUACUGGGUGUAAUGUUGAAAAUGAAUCUCAUCCCAUUUUCCCAGACUUUCAAUCUUUCCUCGAUAGAAAUGUAAGACAUUGUUGAUACGUCGAUACAACUCAUUCCAUUUAUGUUUUGACAGACAACAGAAAAUCACAAAUCCUGCAAAAGUAAAACAACAAAUAUCCAACUGGUCAUCAGUCAUGAGUUAGUACAGGUGUAAAAUGAUAAUAGUAAAAAUUCUUAAGUGAUAGAAUUGAGGGCAACCAGACUUCUUUUAAGUUUCUUGCAAUGGAGAAAGUUUAAAUGUAUGAAAUGUAACUAUAGUAAAUAUAAUCAAAAGUUUUUGGUGCUUGAUUUGAUUUUGAACAGAAUGAACAAACAAUAAAUAAAAUGAAAUGAA